AUGCUUGAAGGAGCAUCAGUGCAUUCGUUCACGGACCUAGAUGAAGAUUCUGACAGCAACUUGUACGUUGUCAACAAAGUGUCCUUGUUCUACGCAGAAGCAACGCCAAUGUUGAGAACACUGUCAAAUGUUAUUUCACAAUUUUUGAACAAACAUAAACGGCUCGUUGACUAUGCCAUUGAUAUGUUGAGUACCAUGGUAAAAGUGUGCAUACGCAUGUUGGAAACACCUACGGUUCAGUUCAGAAAACAGGAAACUCACCUUUUCAUGCUUCGCGUAUUAGUCAGCCUCAUCAUACUGUACGACCACGUGCACCCAAACGGAGCGUUCGUCAAGACUUCCAACAUAGACAUUUAA